CCUAUGUCUACGCAAAGAAAUUAUUUCUUUUCCCCCGUCAUCUGUCUGCGGUUCGUCAUGAGUAAGGAAAAAGCUGAUCAGUAACUGACUUGUCCGCUCCGUGUCAUGCAGCUUAACGUGUCGUACUCGGAAACUCAAGUGUGAUGAGCAAAAGCCCGAGUGUUCGCAGUGUCGCAAAGGCGGCAGAGAAUGCCGCCCCAGCGAAGGGAUCGUUUUCCGCCAUCAGCAAAAUGCCUCGAUGAAUAAGGACCCGAAUGAUCCCACCGGUGCACGGGGCACGUUGAAAGGGUUCUACUCGUACAAGAACACUUUUGAUGAAGAUAGUGUAUGGUUGGAUAUCCCGAAACAUGUUAUCUUUGUCGACAACUCCGAUCCGUAUGUGGAAGACCUCGAAGCCGCCUUGGGAGAGUCGGAAGCGGCUCUCCUCGCCGCGAAUGCACAGAACCGAGACUGGAACGCUCAGCGGGCCAUAUCUUUGGACGGAGAGACCCAGGGUUUGAAAGCGCUAUCGGCGGCAGCGGCCCACGACCAACUCCCGUAUACCUCUUUGAAUAUGGACCAACAGCCUUUAGCCACCCCCGACAGUGGCGUAGCGUUUAAUGCGGUUCCAGCCACGGUGACAACUGGCCCUUCGCCGAACCCGACAUGUAAUGCGAUACCCGGUCAACCAUCUCCACCGGUUUCGAUUUCGCCCUCGAACAGCACCAAUAAUAAUAUCAACUUCCUUCUUAAUCCCUCUCAAUCUCUUUCUCCGCAGACGGACCCUAAUCUGCAGUAUGCAACGGCACGUAGAAGCUCUUCACUAACCGCAAGAUCGGUAGCGUCGCGAGGUGGGGGCACUGUUGAAUCCAAGCCGGACAUACCGGUGGAGACCGACCGUGAAAUCAUGUUUCUAUUGAGGCAUUUCUCCGAGUCGCCGGGGCUCUGGAUGGAUUUGUUUGACCUUGGGACAUAUUUCGCAUCAUACGUGCCGGCCAAAGCACGGUCCAAUCCCCUGCUGCGAUACGCCGCUUGUGCGUACGCCGCGAAGCAGUUGGGCCGGGUCAAAGGCGCGCGGCCCCCUGCCGGUGAAUUUGCCUCCACUCAGUCCCUCAUGCGACGGGGACCGGAUGCGAAGAACGUAGACUGGAUCUGGCAUGGCGCGAAGUAUUAUGAAAAAGCCAUUCAGCUGCUAAUGAAGGAGUUGCAGCCCGACAAAGGCCCCGCGCCACUCAGCACCCCCGAGGCAUUUGGCCAGUGGCAGGCGGCCGAACUAUCGGAGAGUAACGACCCCAAUAACCCGCGAAAGCGCCGAAGGCGUUACUCGGAGAGUCGAUUUUCAAAUGGGGUCCACUCGGAUGAAGUCCUUGCCGCAACAGCCAUCUUGUCUGUAUAUGAAUUCCUGGAUGCCACUGGCCCAGCAUGGAAUCGACACCUGAGUGGAGUGAAAUCUUUGUUGGAUGUGGCAGAGGUUGGCAUGAUGCCCCUUGAGCAACACCCUUCACCGGGAGAAGCGCUGCCGCAGCCGUUGAAGAGAGCUGGUCUUUCCAAAGCCCGAAGGGCCACCUUUUGGAACUUUGCCCGGCAAGAUUACCUGGCGGCCUUCAUCAAUGAGUGUAACACCAGGCUCAAUACCGAUGACCUGGUACUUUGGACUGAAGCUGGUCUUCAGAUAGAUAACAUGGGCUUCAUAAUUCCUAGUAAUUCCAACGCCGCGGGUUAUCCUGAAGGUGAUGACGUCAUGAAGGAAGACCUCAUCGGGAAUGGCCUCAUAUGGAUUCUUUCCAAGAUCAUUAAUUUCAUCAGCUCGGGGGACAAUCUGCAGUUGGCGAGCGGUCCCGUCAAUACCGGGCCUCUGGGGAUUUCGCAGCAGGUUUUACUCGAGCGGUGGUAUCGCCUGGAAACCGAGCUGGAUGUUUGGUACAACGGUCUCCCUGAUACCUUCCGGCCCUGCGCGCGGCUGGAGCACCCUUUGCAGAAAGAUGGCGAUGGUGACGGGGACGGAUCUGCUUUGUCUGAGAUCUGGUACAGCAUUCCCGUAUGCUCGUCAGCUAUGCAGCAUUAUCACAUGGCCCGUAUUUUGCUUUUGAUCAACAAACCGCAUGAGUCGACUAGUAGACGGAGUACGAUCACCAACCGGCUUAAUUCGUAUCGUUCCAUCGAGAGUGAGAUCCGAUUUCAUAGUCGUGAAAUCGUAGGUAUCUCGAUGGGUCACCCGGAAGGCUCGGUCCGGAUCAACUCUCUCCAGCCAUUGUUCGUUAGCGGUCAAUGUCUCACCGAGCCUCGCGAACGUGAGAUGGUUUUGCAUCUGCUGCGUGGCAUAGAGUUUGACCUUGGCUGGGCCACUGAGUAUCGCGUAAAGCAAUUGUUGCGGGAGUGGGGCUGGGAUGAGCAAGCUAAGGUCGGGGUUCCUUGAUCUCGCCAGGACUGCCGUUAUUUCAGUCUUCAGCUCUGUCAAGUCCCAAGUAAAUCCUACUUGGGUGUUGUUGCCGCGGGCUCUGCGCUGCCCCUGCGUCGACCAUAACUGAUGGUCACACAUGCCACGAGAGAUGCGGCUUCAUGUCGGUCAAGGACCGGCAAGCACCUCACCCGGCCAUGCGUCUGGAUGAUAUCUUUUCGGACCGACCCAAACGCCCAUGGCCGCGUCCACCCUCGGGGGUGAUGCCAAGCUAUCUUUCACUUCUGCGAUUGCCUUGGAUGCUUGUUUCGAUGAUUUGAUGAUACCACUGUAUAUGUACCUUUUGCGAUAAUUUGCCUGAUUAGUCUGGGUUUGGAUCUUGCGUUUGCAUGAGACCAAGAGUGAAUAAUGAUAUCCUUUUAUGUUUUGAUUUCUCUUGCGUUGGAGCAUCGUUCUUUUUUACCCACUGGUCAACCGUUGGAUAAACCAGUCACCACCUGUAUAGAUUAGUUGAAACAUAUGGUCGAAUAGAUGGAGAAGUCGAAGUUGGCACGGAGAAGGUACAAAAUAAAAAUUCUUCACAGAGUUUUGAAUUUUCCUUUUUUUGAACUUAUUUUUUUUUUGUGGGGAAUGUCCUCCAGAAAAAGAGCACAAGACUUGGGUAUGAUCUUCACACGACUCGGGGGAACAGGGAAG